AUUGUUACAAGAAAACAGCUGACUUAUUUCGCACUUACUUUUGUAAACAAUUUAAAAUCCUCAGAUAUUUUUUGGCUUUUUCUGUAUUUUAAAUGUCCAAGGAGGCGAAUAUAACUCCACAAUCCGGACGGAAACCCCGAUUGGGCUUGGGAAAACGUGGCUGUCAAUCCACACCUUUAAUGAGGCUCAAGAACGAGGAAUCCGCUGAAAGAACACCAAAAAAUAGGAACCUGGAGACUCCAAAAACCCUAGCUCUAUCCCUGAGCGGCCGCAGAAUAGGUUUAUCCAAAAACAGGACGGAUUCCUUGUCGAAAAAGAAACUGGAGUUUGCUGUGGCGCAGGAAUUUAAGGAGGAGGAGCAGAAAAAUGUAACGAAUACAUCUAAAAAUGAACCAAAGAAACCGGACAAAAAAAAUACGGAUAACCAGAACUGUAAAAAGGCAGAAGAUGGAAACAACUCAGAGCAGGAAAAUCAUCCACAGGCAAACCAGCCUGAGGAAUGUCCAAAAAACCGCCAAAUCAUAGAACUUGAAGGCGAUAUUGAAGUUUGGCGCCGUGCGUUUAUAGCUUCUGUGCAUGAUAUACUGACAAUGGUAGAGCCAGGACUCUCGAAAAGGGACCUUCUUGCUCAGCUUGGCAUUCCCCUCGCGAUGCUGCGCUAUCUAGAGGAGGAUUAAGUUUACAUAAACGUAAUUUUUCAUAUAAUUUAACAUUGAGAAACUGUAUUUCCCUUGCAACAAAGCGGCAAAUUAAACUUAAGGACAAACUAGUA